UUGCCUUGGCUCGUUCUUUUUUCUCCAAUCGCGAAACUUGCUCUCGUCCUUCUCCUUUCUCCCGACUUCCCGAUCUCGCUCGGACGAUUGAUUCGGUGUCACUCUCUUCCGCCUCCGUCUCCGGUCGUCGCUGCUUCUUCUUGGCCCGAUCAUGGCGUCGGGUAAUGUUCAUCCACUGCCCAAGUUCGGAGAAUGGGAUGUCAACAAUCCCGCCUCAGCCGAAGGGUUCACUGUCAUAUUCACCAAAGCUCGGAAUGAAAAGAAGACCAGCAAUUCUAAUCCCCCACUAGCCCCAAUAAGAGACGAUGUAAAUGAUCUCAAAACAGAAUCACCCCACCAGAGUCCGAGAAAGAGUAAGAAAUUGUUUUGCUGUUGUUGACUUCUGCUGUUGCUGGAGCACUGUACAUGCACAUCUGCUGC